AUGGGACGUAGAAAAAUUGCCAUUGAACCCAUCCUCGACGAACGGAAUCGUACAGUAACGUUUAUCAAACGUAAAGCCGGACUGUUCAAGAAAGCACACGAGCUAGCGGUUCUGUGCCAAGUGGACAUAGCGGUGAUCAUCCUGGGCUCAAACAAUACGUUUUAUGAAUUUUCGUCCGUAGACACAGAUGACCUUAUUGAACACUAUCAAAACCCAAAACUGCAGCACGAUGCAAAGGACCCGUCAAACUACGGAAAUUACAGGAAAAAAGAGCGGGUUGUGAUCCGGGACCGUUCCAAAAGACGUUUCGACCGUGUGUCGCCGCCCAGUACAAACGGGCUGGCAAACGAUGAUGUUAUUGUCAACGGUGCAGCAAACUCCGGUCUCACGACGAACAAGAUCCGCAGCGGGCGUAGUCAAAAGGGAACCACUGAUCAUCUGGUCGCCGCCGAUGAUGGGGACGACGACGAUGACGACGAAGACGAUGACGAAAACGACGACGAGGAGGAAAACAAUGUUGAUAAACGCGGCGGCGACAACAACGACAACGACAACGACAACGACGACGACGAUGAGCUCAACAACAGUAACGGCGAGGAAAACGACCUUGGAAACAACUCCGUAUCACAAACUACAGCUGCCGACCAACGCACAGCCCGCACAAAUAGUAGAAAACGGCGGAAAAAAGCAGUUGCAGCACCUUCAUUCUCAAAAGUAGCGGCCCCAAAUUCCACCCAAAACCCGCCCUUCAAUUCCCUUCAGCAGCAGGUGCAACGUCAAUUUCACAACUUGUAUGCAGUGGCAUCGAACCCAGAAGCUGCACCCUCGACCAAUUUCGCACAUUUUGGUACUCAGCCCAACUCCUCAUUUUCAAGGUCCAGCAUGCCCAACACUUAUACCGGUAUGCCUCAAACGAUGGGUCCAGUGUUCAAUCCAGCAAAUCGAACCACUGUUUCGGAACGUAAUUACGCAAGUGCAAACGCUAAAAACGGAGGACUCCUUUCCACACCAGUCAUGAUGGAUGUCACUGGCGAAAGCGCUCAAACAGCACCCGGUUCGGCUGCACAAGCAGGUGCACCAGCAGGUAAUGCCCAAACGCUCCAAACGGAAGCAAUGCCUUCGAGAUCCCAAACGCGGUCGACGCCCCAGUCCAUCCCUAGCAAUAGCGGGGUCAGCUCCAGACCGACUUUGCGUGUACAAAUCCCCUCCAGUUCCGGAACCGCUAUAAAAAGUGAACCCUCCUCCGCUGUCUCUCCCAGUCGUUCAAGUGCCAAUGGCACUUCGCAGUUUUCUCGCGGAAAUGCUGGCCAUAUCGAACUGCCGCGCCCCACACAAUCCAGAACCGGUACACCCCAGUCUGCUCAUAUCCAAACUUUGAGCCCUGGCUUAGAACGAAGUGACAAAAUUCACAGUUUCAUGCCCUCAUCAGGAGCAAUUGGGGCGAGUGGCAGCGGCAACCCUGCCAAUGGAUUUUUGUUCAAUGGUCUGCCGUCUGCAUUAAACGCUUCUCCGUCCAUACAACAAUAUUUUGCAACUCCGGUUCAAGCGAGUGCAACAGGAACAGGCCCAAACGCGUCUGGGCCAACCGUACCGUCUGUAUCUCAUCCUCAUGGUUAUCUGAUGCAGAAACACAUGCAAAUGGCCCAGCAUGAGCAACAACAACGCGUUCAAAAUGCACCUACCUCGGAAGCCGGUUUGGGCUCUUCAGCCGGGUCACUGCCGUCCAAAUUUGCGAACGAUUUGAUGGUAGCGUCCCCGGGUACCUCAAUGUCCAUGUUUCAAGACUGGGGGUAUGCUCGAGCGGGCAAUGGCAAUCAGAACUCUGCAAAUCAGACUAGUGAGCCCAACCCAACCGCGACUUCCAACGUUGCAAAUAAUAACGGUAGUAGCGGAUUGACGCCCUACAUGAAUGUCACCAACCACACCCCUCUGCUCACCAAGUAUUUCACGUUCGGCGAUCCCAGCGACGACAAGAAUAAGAGAAGCUGA